GAGAGCAAAUUUUGAGCAUGGCGGCGUCUUUAGCGGCUCGUGUUCGCUUUACAAACGCUUUAACGUUAGUUUCCAAGUUAAGCGCUCCUACAAUCCCAUUACAACAUGCUAGGAACUUGUACGGGCCGAGCUUUUUGGGCUUGGACAAGUACAUGGAACAGCGUGAAAGAACACAACACCAAUUCGUUGACGCUAAAGAUAAGUUCUUUCAAAGAAUCAAGCAGUACUUCUCCGGUGAAGGCACUGGAAUGGUGUUCACGGAGGACCUGAAGCAUGUCGUCUGCUUGUGUGAAGACAAGGAGGAGGACAUUGAUUUAGUGCUGAAAAUGUUGAAAAGGUUCAACCAGCAAAACAAGGAACUGCGUUUUGGCACUUUUGUAUUUGGACCAGUGGUGGUGCGCCUCUUCUAUCACCUGCAGAAGCCCGACAUCAUUUUGAAGAUGCUGCAUGAUAAGGAUCUGGACGGUUUCUUCGACCAAUUUUCCUCGUACCAGAUAGCGAUGGACCUCUUAUACAAGACAGAACGUUAUCAAGACCUUUUAAACCUCUUCGAUGCAAUGCAAGAAAAGCAGUUGUACGGCACCAAGUUUCCGAGGGAAUGCGUAGUCUUAGCAUUGGCUUCCUGUUAUAAGCUGAACACGCAGCAGUCGUACGAAUAUGCCGUGAAGCUCGUCCAGGAUGCAAGAGAAGUUGGUGCUCUAGUCCUAAGAAAAGGUCUGACCUUUGCAGCUGCUCUAGCACUGAAUCAUAAUGAGCCCAAGGUAGCGAUGGAACUGCUGGCACUUACAGCACAGUUGAACUACAUCACCGUCCGAAACCUAAGAAUGAUAGCACUGGCUAACAUGGACAGACUAGACGACGUUUUCCUGACACUGCGCUCGAUCAUUCACCAAGACGUUCCGGCUUUGUCCAGACACGAAGAGCAGGUCUGCCAUGAGACUGUAGCCAAAGUGGAGGAAUCACUGAAGCGCAUCGGAGACAAGGAGAAGUCACACAUGUUUGAGCAGAUGCAGAGGGCGCUGCGGGAGAACAACCACCUUUCAGAAAAGAGCCUGGAAGAAUUGCUCUGUGCGCCGAUGCCUUCACGGCCCGUCAGUCGAGAGUUUGAUAGGUCGUCAGGUCCGAGGAUUGGAAGCCACACCUCCGCUUACCAGAAGGUCCCCAUUCGAGGUGCAUCUGGUGUUCGCCUUCCCGUCCGCCACCGGCAGGGACUUAGAGACGUGGACGACUAGUUUAUUCCAGUAUCACCUCUUUCACAUCUCCACUUGCUUUCUUCCUCUCAGAGCUGCACCAACAGGCACUUCGUUGCUGUCUCGCUUUUCCGAACAGAUAAAGCAAAAACGAACUUGCUUGUCUUCCCCCCAAGCCCUAUUUUUUAGCGUAGCACGUAGUGCAUUGUAUGCUAAGUGCUACAGUGCUUACAGUACCCUCUACAGUGUGUGCAGCAUCCUGUACGUGCUUCGGUCCAUUUCUGUGACGUACAAAUGAAUGUGUCCGAACGGUAUUCUUAAAUAGUUGGCAGUGUGUGAGGCAGCAGAAGACGCCGACUGAGCAGGGAGAGUUACGCAAGCCACAGACUUUUGCCACCGUCUGCUGCGAGUAGAAAAUGUAACGCGAGUAUUUCUGCAAUAUAUUUUUGAAUGUUCGCAAGCCCAUUGUAGCGCAGGACCGUCUGGCUAACGGGAACUGCGGGUCAAGUCAGUAGCGGAAGAAUAUUGUUGUGACACCUCGCUAUGCAAUUCAGUUUUUAGGUAGUUCCAAGUGGACAUUUCUGGUACAGAUACUGAUGCAUUAUGCCAAGAUAGCAUUUACAUUCUAGUUUCCAUCUAUGUAGACACUGGGUCAUACAUGCAUCAUACUAUCUGGUUUCAUCUGGCAUAUGUAGAACUGGACAUUUGUGCUGUACAACCCAAUCAAUGAAGCAGGACAUUCGUGUAGUCA